AUGGACAAGAUCCUGGAGGCGGUGAUGACGUCGUCCUACCCCGCAAGUGUGAAGCAAGGGCUGGUGCGUCGGGUGCUGGAGGCGGCGCGGCAGCCGCUGGAGCGCGAGCAGUGCCUGGCGCUACUCGCAUUGGGCGCACGACUGUACGUGGGCGGCACCGAAGAGCUGCCGCGCCGCGUGGGCUGCCAGCUGUUGCACGUGGCGGGUCGCCACCACCCCGAAGUCUUUGCCGAGUUCUUCAGCGCCCGCCGGGUGCUGCGUCUGCUGCAGAGUGGCGCUGGCCCACCAGGCGUCCGCGCUCUAGCCUGCGUGCAGCUGGGCUUGCAGCUGCUGCCAGAGGGGCCGGCAGCGGAUGAAGUGUUCGCGCUGCUGCGCCGCGAGGUGUUGCGCACCGUGUGCGAGCGCCCGGGGCCCGCGUCUUGCGCGCAGGUGGCGCGGCUGCUGGCACGGCACCCGCGUUGCGUUCCCGAUGGCCCACACCGCCUGCUCUUCUGCCAGCAGCUGGUGCGCUGCCUCGGCCGCUUCCGCUGCCCGGCGGAGGGAGAAGAGGGCGCCGUGGAGUUCCUGGAGCAGGCCCAGCAGGUGAGCGGGCUCCUGGCGCAGCUGUGGCGCGCGCAGCCCGCCGCCAUCCUGCCCUGCCUCAAGGAGCUGUUCGCAGUCAUCUCCUGCACAGAGGAGGAACCGCCAUCUAGCGCCCUGGCCAGCGUGGUCCAGCACCUCCCACUGGAGCUCAUGGAUGGUGUCGUCCGGAACCUUAGCAAUGAUGACAGCGUGACGGAUUCCCAGAUGCUGACUGCCAUCAGCAGGAUGAUCGACUGGGUGUCCUGGCCUCUGGGGAAGAACAUUGACAAGUGGAUCAUUGCACUGCUCAAGGGCCUGGCCGCUGUCAAGAAGUUCAGCAUCUUGAUCGAGGUUUCGCUCGCCAAAAUUGAAAAGGUCUUCUCUAAGUUGCUGUACCCCAUUGUCCGGGGAGCCGCCUUGUCUGUCCUCAAGUACAUGCUUCUGACUUUCCAGCACUCUCACGAGGCCUUCCACCUGCUCCUUCCUCACAUUCCGCCGAUGGUGGCUUCUCUGCUCAAGGAGGACUCCAACUCGGGCACCAGCUGCCUGGAGCAGCUGGCAGAGCUGGUCCAUUGCAUGGUGUUCCGGUUCCCGGGCUUCCCAGACCUGUAUGAACCCAUCAUGGAGGCCAUUAAGGACCUUCAUGUUCCCAAUGAGGACCGCAUCAAGCAGCUGCUGGGGCAGGAUGCCUGGACCUCGCAGAAGAGCGAGCUGGCUGGCUUCUACCCUCGGCUCAUGGCCAAGUCAGACACUGGCAAGAUUGGUUUAAUCAACCUGGGCAACACAUGCUAUGUGAACAGCAUCCUUCAGGCCCUGUUCAUGGCUUCUGACUUCAGACACUGUGUGCUCCGUUUGACUGAGAACAACUCACAGCCCUUGAUGACCAAGCUGCAGUGGCUCUUUGCUUUUCUGGAACACAGCCAGCGGCCUGCAAUUUCCCCAGAGAAUUUUCUCUCUGCUUCUUGGACACCUUGGUUCAGCCCUGGCACCCAGCAAGACUGCUCAGAGUACCUGAAGUACCUGCUGGAUCGGCUGCACGAGGAGGAGAAAACAGGCGCCAGGAUCUGCCAGAAGCUCAAGCAGUCCAGCUCGCCGUCCCCACCCGAGGAGUCCCCGAGCCCAAGUUUGACUUCCGUGGAGAGAAUGUUUGGCGGCAAGAUUGUGACUCGGAUAUGCUGUCUGCAGUGCCUCCACGUCUCCUCCAGGGAGGAAGCCUUCACGGACCUCUCCCUUGCGUUUCCUCCGCCUGAGCGCUGUCGCCGGCGCCGCCUGGGCUCCGUAAUGCUCCCGGCAGAGGAGAUCCGAACCCGGGACCUCCAGCCACCACCCCAAUCCCAGGCCCCAGGCCCAGAGGGUCAGAGGAGGCAAAGGAAACACUGCAUCACAGGGGACGCCCCUCCCACGGGCCUGGACAUCACCGGCCUGGGGUCCCUUGGGCCCGCUGGGCACAGCCGUGAGGAGGAGCCCCGGGAGAGGGAGGAGGAAGAGGAGGACCGGCACGAGGAGGAGAAGGAGGAGGCAGAGGAGGAGAAGGAAGAAAGGGCAAAGGAGAAGGAGGGGGAGAAGGAGAAAGAGGCGGAGAAGGAAGAAGAGAAGGUGGAGAAGGAGAAGGAGAAGGAGGCAGAGAACGAGAAGGAGAAGGACGAGGACAGCUCUGGGCCUGGCGCCCGCAGGGACAUGACCCGCCCUGCGGAGCAGCUAUGUGGCCCCGAGGGCUCCCGCUCCGUCCUGGACCUCGUCAACUACUUCCUGUCCCCCGAAAAGCUGACAGCGGAGAACCGCUACUACUGCGACUCGUGCGCCUCCCUGCAGGACGCGGAGAAGGCGGUGGAGCUGAGCCAGGGCCCGCGCUACCUCAUCCUCACGCUGCUGCGCUUCUCCUUCGACCUGCGCACCAUGCGGCGCAGGAAGAUCCUGGACGAUGUGGCCAUCCCGCUGCUGCUGCGCCUGCCGCUGGCCGGGGGCCGGGGCCAGGCCUAUGACCUGUGCAGUGUCGUGGUGCACUCGGGCGUGUCCUCGGAGAGUGGCCACUACUACUGCUAUGCCCGAGAGGGGGCUGCCCGCCUGCCUCCUCCUCUGGGAACGGCCGACAGGCCAGAGCCCGAGAACCAGUGGUACCUGUUUAAUGACACCAGAGUGUCCUUCUCCUCCUUUGAGUCUGUCAGCAACGUCACCUCCUUCUUCCCCAAGGACACAGCCUAUGUGCUCUUUUAUCGGCAGCGGCCUGGGGAAGGGCUGGAAGCUGGGCCUGGCUCCCCCAGGGUGCGGGCUGAGCCCACCCUUCAUAAAGACUUGAUGGAAGCCAUUUCCAAAGACAACAUCCUUUACCUGCAGGAGCAGGAGAAGGAGGCCCGGAGCCGGGCGGCCUAUAUCUCUGCACUGCCCGCAUCUCCAUCCUGGGGGCGGGGCUUUGACAAAGACAAGGAUGAGGACGAAGGCUCUCCAGGAGGCUGCAACCCCGCAGGUGGCAACGGCGGUGACUUCCACAGACUUGUCUUCUAA